AUGCAUUUCCUUCCAGCCAUCGCCUCCGUCCUGGCCCUCUCCUUCUCAGCUUUCACCAGUGCAUCCCCAAUCCUCGAGUCUUCCCUCUCAAACCGAGCCGACCCCCCAACCACUCCAGCAGAUGCUGCCACAGCUGCGUUAUCCUCCAUCCUUGAAGACAUCACCAACGUCAAAGGUCUCCUCAAUACCUUACUCAAGGUCCACGACCUCCAUCAAAUCGAAAUCCUAGUCACCCUAGCUAUUGAUGGCCUCGAGGAAGAACUCCAACCCAUCAAAGACUUCGUUGCGUUAGCAGCCGGUGCGGCGGGCCUGUCUGAUGUGGAGGAGAAAAUUAUUGCCACCAUCGAUGAGGUUGUGAAGGGGCUGAAGGACAUUCUCGCUAAUCCAUCGAUUGAGACCAUCCAAGCUGCGGUCAAGGGUAUUCUGGGGAAACUUGACGGACUGCUCGGGGGGCUUCUCUCUCAGCUCGGUAAUCUGGUUCUGUCAAUUUUGGGGGGUAUCUUGCCACCUCUUCCGGGUGUCCCAAAGCUCCCAGGCGUCCCAGUCACAGUCCCAACUCUCCCCGGUGUCCCGGCGUAA